GUUGGAAUAAAUCUGCCCAGGCAGAAAAGAGCGAAGCUUGACUAUGACUAUGACUAUUUUCAAGGAAUGUAUGAGCUCUCUUCAUCUGAAGAGGAGCUCUCAGCAGAUGAAGCAGAAUAUCAAAACUCUCCUCUUACAAUAAUAUUUGAAAGCGAGAAUACGCAUGAGGAGCUCUCUCCUAUGGCCCAGCUCCUCGUAGAAGAACAUCCCGAACUCAUCCCAUCAGCAAAAGAACUUCUGGAUGCCCUUGACCUUGAUGAAAACAAGCAUGCUCAAAAGACGAUGGAGCUGUUGAAAAACCAACACGUUCGCCAAGGUUUGGUGAAAAUUUUUGCUUAUGGUUACGCUCUUUUCGGGGCUGUAGACAUGGUGGCAGAGAAUGUGCUGGAGGACAUAACGGUUGCUAAUAGGGUAGCUCUUAUUAAACGAGAUCCCUUGUUGGGUGCAUGUCUCUCGGGAAAAGAGGACGUGGAUAUAAUGAGGGGAGCCUUGUGCAUUUUAGUUGGCUACUGGAUUGAUAAAAGACUGCAAAGAUGGCUUAAUAAACAGGCUACAAACCUCU